AUGGCCGAAGCAUUCAACGGACAAGUGCUUAUGGACCAGCCCGCGGGCACUGGCAACCGCCCUUACGCCGCUGAGUCCUGGCUUGAGCCAUGGCUCAUCAAGCAUUCGGAAUUCUACCGCAAACACUUUACUCGUGACGGACGUCGCGAGAGCAAGUCCACCAGACGCCACAGCGUCGUCACUGAAGGCCUCGAGUCCCGGAAGAAUUCUGUUGCUGCUCCUGAAGUCGAGGCUCCUGCUGCUACGGCUGCCGCCGAGACUGAGGGAACCUCCGCCACCCCGGCUCCCGUUGAGCAGCCACGAGAAAGCGUCGAGGCUGAGACUGCCGCAGAAGCUACAAUCGCCAAGAAGGAUAGGUUUGGCUCCUUGCGCCGAAGCUUUGCCUGGGUUCCGCACCCAUGA